GGCGCGGCGCACGUGUCCGCGGCCCCGAGCUCCCCGGCGCCGCCCGCCCCGCCCACCCCGCCCGGCCGGCCGGUCUGCCCCCGCGCACGUGCCCGCGCAGGCCCCCGCGCAGACCCGCGCAGACCCGCGCAGACCCGCGCCCGGCGCGAGUGGGCGGCGGGGCCACUGCGCAUGCGGAGCUCCAAAUUCAAACAGCUGUUGGCAGGGGCUGCCCGCCGCGGCCGGGAGGCGGCUCGGAGCCAUGGUGGACCGCGGCCCGCUGCUCACCUCGGCCAUCAUCUUCUACCUGGCCAUCGGGGCGGCGAUCUUCGAGGUGCUGGAGGAGCCGCACUGGAAGGAGGCCAAGAAGAAGUACUACUCGCAGAGGCUGCAUCUGCUGCGGGAGUUCCCGUGCCUGGGCCAGGACGGCCUGGACCGGAUCCUGGAGGUAGUGUCAGAUGCUGCCGAGCAGGGCGUGGCCAUCACGGGGAACCAGACCUUCAACAACUGGAACUGGCCCAAUGCCAUGAUCUUCGCAGCCACAGUCAUCACCACCAUCGGCUAUGGCAAUGUGGCCCCCAAGACCCCGGCUGGCCGCCUCUUCUGCGUCUUCUACGGCCUCUUCGGCGUGCCUCUGUGCCUGACGUGGAUCAGUGCCCUGGGCAAGUUCUUCGGGGGACGUGCCAAGAGGCUGGGCCAGUUCCUCACCAGGAGAGGCGUCAGCCUGCGGAAGGCGCAGAUCACAUGCACGGCCAUCUUCAUCGUGUGGGGCGUGCUGGUGCACCUGGUCAUCCCGCCCUUCGUCUUCAUGGUCACCGAGGACUGGGACUACAUCGAGGGCCUCUACUACUCCUUCAUCACCAUCUCCACCAUUGGCUUCGGGGACUUCGUGGCCGGCGUGAACCCCAGUGCCAACUACCACGCCCUGUACCGCUACUUCGUGGAGCUCUGGAUCUACCUGGGGUUGGCCUGGCUGUCCCUCUUUGUCAACUGGAAGGUGAGCAUGUUCGUGGAGGUGCACAAGGCCAUUAAGAAGCGGCGGCGGCGGCGGAAGGAGUCCUUCGAGAGCUCCCCCCACUCCAAGAAGGCCCUGCAGAUGGCGGGGGGCCCGGCGGCCAAGGAGAUGAACAUCCUGAGCUUCCUCUCCAAGAAGGAGGAGACCUACAACGACCUGAUCAAGCAGAUCGGGAAGAAGGCCAUGAAGACGAGCGGGGCGGGGGAGCGGCUCCCAGGGCCGGCCCUGGGCUCGCCGGGGCCCGUGCUGCCCGGUGUGCCCGCCUCCCUGGCCCCGCUGGUGUUGUACUCCAAGAGUCGGGCGCCCAGCCUGGAGGAGGUGUCCCAGACCCUGAGGAGCAAAGGCCACGUGUCGCGGCCCCCUGGCGAGGACGCUGGGGAGAGCAACCCCGGGGACGAGCCCGCCGCCUCCGAGGGGCUGUCAGGCCAGCUGGACCGCAUCAGCGAGGAGGGCGAGCUGUGGGACGCCCAGGACUACCACCCGCUCAUCGCCCAGAGUGCCGGGAGCGCCACGCGCGAGGCCGGCCUCUCAGACGAGGAGGCCUCCAAGUCCUCCCUGGAGGAGCCCCUGGUCACAGAGCAGAGGCCCGCUGAGGGCGCGGGGACCGAGGCGCCCCUGAACCUGGGCGAGUUCCCCUCCUCCGACGAGUCCACCUUCACGAGCACCGAGUCGGAGUUCUCUGUGCCUUACGAGCAGCUGCUGAGCGAGUACCCCCAGGCCGGGCCCAAGGGCACGUGAGGCGGGGCCGGCCCCCCGCCCGCUUCCGAGGGCUCCUGUUACCCCUGGCCUUCUGGGGUGCCCAGGUAGGGCUCCUGGUUCUGUGUGGGGAACGGGGAGAGUCGCCCUGGAAUGUGGGGGGGGGGCCGGGGCCUGCUGCACCGUCCACGCCCACCAGAGCCCUCCAGUUCGAACUCCUCCAGCUGGAUGGGUGCCCUUGUGUGGGAGUGGGGGGGUCCCUGUUCAGAGCUCGGCUCGCACCACAGACGGUUCAAAGACUCGUGGGCUGGCAGGACUGACCCCAGCAGUCUGGCCCCGUGGUGGGGGGCGGAGUCUUCACCAUCUGCAUUGAGGCCCCUGAGUUCACCCGUGUUAGCUGGCUGCAGUGAGGUGGGGGUACCUGCCUUCAGGACAGCUGACGGGCUCAGCGACGUCAGGGCCCUUCCCUGGGCCUGAUGUUGGGGUGCCUGAGUGGUGCUGUGGUUCCUCAGUCUGAGCCAAACCUGAAGGGCCGGGGACCCUGUCCCAGACAGAGCGUCCCGAGGCCAGCGGAGGGGUCAGGUUCAGGAAGGGAUGAUGGGCAGGGCCAGGCCUCCCUCUGCAUGCCCGGCUGUGCGGGGCGCCUGGUGCCUGGUGCCCAGGUGGGAGGGAGCGAACGAAGCUCCAGCUGCUGCUGGGUCUUGGGAGGGGGUGGGGGAGGACUGUGGAGAGGGAGGUGGAGAUGUACACACAGCUGGAGCAGACGACAGCGUGGAGCCACACACACCAGCCUGGCAGAACUCCCUGCAGCUGAGUUCUUGGCUUCUCAGAGCUGGACGCCAGCCCCUCUGCCCCGGCUUGCCGUUCGGUGGUGAUUUAACUGCUGUUUCGCUAGGCCCGACAUCCGCGCUUGGCUUCCCAGGCAGACGAAGGUGAAGAGGCAGGGCCCCACGGCUUGGGGGUGCCCGCGGUGGCCCUCCUAGAGUUGGCGUUCCUCGUUGACCUCGGACAAGGUCAGGGCCCCCCCCCAGCGUGGGAUGGGCGCGCCUCAGAAUGCUGGGCAGGAGGUGAGCCCCCCCCGCCCCCACCCCCCAACCGAAUACCUCUGCUGCAGCCCCGCUCGAGGCCCUGCAACUGCACACACUGUAUGUCCCCCCGGGCCGCCACUCCCUUGUAAUUUAUUUUAACACUUUUACAAUAAAACUUGAGACGGACAUGAGC